GCUGACUGACAGCUUGGGUUUUCAGUCUGGGGAAUACUAUCUGGGAUCAUUAAAGAGACGUUUUGGGCAAUGAAUGGAGAUUCAGCGGUUUACAGACAGCAGGGAUUCGGCGUGCGUUAGCCCGGGCUAGCUAGCGGCUAGCUGAACUAGCAGCUUGCUAGUGCUGAACAUCCUCGGUGCUAACGCAUCCCGCAGCGGCUGUCACGCUGGCUGGACACCGGCUUCAGCAGCUGAUUUACAUUGACCUUUUUACUAUUAGUAAAUGUCUUUAUAAGAAAACAAUACUGAAGUGUAGUAUGUGUCGCAUUUAAUAGUAACUACCCACUGACAGCGUUUGAUCGCAGCUAGGUCCUACUAGCAGAUGAGAGAUGGCUAAUGUUGAGGUUAGCAGGGCACACCUUCUGAUGAUGACAGCUCUGUAAAACUGCCUUUUAUGAAUUGUUUUAUUAUGUUGCAUGACAGGUUUCUCUUCAUUACAUUAACAGUUACACCUUGCUGACCUUAAGCGUUCUUUUAGGAUGUAAUGACAUAUAAAGGACAUGUUUUAUCAAUUUAAACAAAAACGGCAGGUUUUCAGAUAUAAAGUGGUUAUUUGAAGAUGUUGGGCGUGAUGAUGGCGUAGUCCUGUUAAUAAGCUGUGUAUUUUAUAUUUACAUUUUAAAAUACAAUAUUAUUAGGUAAUAUAUCAGUGGUUAAGUGAAGCAUUUGCAAAUCACUGCACAUCACCCUUGCUGGGGUGCUUAAAUGCAUCAGACACUUGGCUGAGGUUAUUUGAGGAGACUUCCCCAAAGGAUGACAUUAUGGGGAUAUUCACUCAUAAUCACAUUGAAAGGGUAAAGCUGGCGAUUUUUAUUUGUUAUCAAUAAAUUCCAUGCAUAGGCCAUAUAAAACACUGAUUAGACCCUUUGUUAACGUGACACAUAAAUAUGCUACAUUGAUGCAGUGGGAGUCAUUUUCUUUCAUAAUUAACCAGAGCACUGCAGUUUAUUUUAAGACAAUGGUACCCUCAUACACCUUACUGCUGCCAGAAAUACUCACUAGAUCAUCUAAUGCUGCUUAAAAUAGCCCUGUUUGAGUGGCAUUUCUUUAAAAAUCACAGUGCCUAUACUGCCUAGUAUUAUUCAGCCUUUGUUAUUUUUAAUUUAUGGAAGUAUAAAUGCAGAGUGUCACAGGCGGAGUAGAGAAGUCGAAAAUAUAGAAUUUUUCCAGUAUAUCCUUUAAAUAAAUGACUGUCCAUAGAGCGACGUAUAAAGGGGUGCAGCCUAGCAACCCAGCAUAUAAAUGCAUGUGCAGUUGCAGUGGUCUGCGUACAAGAGUGCCCUAUUCAUAGUGUUAAACUGUAAUAUCACCACUAAUGUGCUUGAUUUAAUUUUCAAUAGUUCUGCUUUAAAUUAACAUUACAUUUUUUAUGAAAUUGAGGAAACGGUCCCUGGUGCCCUUUCAAUUGGAAAACUUUGAGAUGUGUCCAAUAAUUGCUCGAUGUUCUUUCUUAUUAUCAACAAAAGCAGAUUAUAGUGCAAAUAUUUUCCAUUUGAGAGAGUUUCAUGUCAAUUUAUUUAUUAAGAAAAAUCUUUCUUUCCCCUCAUCUUGCAUUCAGAAUUUGACAAGUGAGUAUUCCUGAUAACAUUGUUGACAUUUUCCCAUUUGAGUUGUGGUAUGUCCAUAGUUUUGCAAGGUGGUGAUUGUUACAUUUCUUUUGAAUGGCCUGCGAUUAACUGGAUGAAAAGAACGUGUUGAGCAUUUGACUUUGAGUACUAGUUUAAGCUCAACACAUUUAUACCCAGGAAGAUGUCUAAGAAGAAUCCCUCGUGCUCUGUACUGGAUCAGUCGGAGCUAGAACAGCCAGCCAGCCACUGUCAGGUGGACCGGUCUGCACCUGCAGCCUCGCCGUGUAAGAACAAGGCUGACUCCGGUCAAAGAAAUGGAGAUAGGGCAUCAUCGUCCCCAGAGAGCGAAAGUCUAAACGGAGAUGGUAAGCGUAGUGGGAAAAGCCGUCGCCGCAAGAAGCGUUCAUCCAAACCUGAAAGUCAGCCUGAGGUGACGGUUGACAGUAAGAUCAACAAAGAAGAGAAGCCAGAAAAAAGGACAAACCAGCCUGCAUCGGACCCCUGCGCUGGGCUGAUGGGCCUGCAGUCGGAGUGUGCUAAUGUGUGGUUUGAGCGGAGCAUGUACGAGCAAGCCGAGAGCCUCUACCAGUGCUGGUUGGCGAGCUCCUCCAACGGGACCACCAAGUCACGGUCAUCCCCGGCCCCCGGGAAACACUCAAAAUCUCAGUCGUCUGUAGCUCCACCUUCCUCAGGACCGGUGUGCCAGCAUGGCGAUCAGGUGGCCUGCCACCAUGUUGUCCAGACCGUGUGGGUGAACAAGACAACCUUUGACCAGGCUGAAAGCCACUAUGCUGAAGAAUCAGUUCAGCGACCAAUUCCGAGCUCUCUGGACUUCCAAUUCCCACCUAACCCCUCCGUCACCCCUCAAACACCUGAUGAAGGAUAUCAGUCUCUAGCCCCGACGCCUGCGACCCCGGUCAUCCAGCAAGCAGCCGUAACACCAACCAAUCGUCAGUCGAUCAACGGACUCCCCCGCAUUCCAGUGGAGCUGCUGAGAGACGUGUGGCUGGAGAAACCUCUGUACGACCGUGCCGAAGCAACUUUCUACCAGAACCUGUAUGGCAACAACUCCUCCAAACGCUCCAGCUGCCCCCCCACUUCCAGAAGUAGCGACCACCCUCAAAGCCUUGUGGAAGAGGAGGAGGAAGAAGCUGAGGAAGAGGCGGUGGAGGAAAAACGGGUGGUCCAGCAGGGGAAAUCGGAAAUUUUCCACGCUUUGCUUCCUAUUCAAGAGGAAGAGGAGCCAGCUGAGGUCCAAGAGAAGGUUGAAGCGUCGGGGACCGGGGUCCGCUACCUCCUUCACCCAGACAGUGAGCGGGUGUGGUUGGACAAGUGGCGGUAUGAUGCUGCAGAGAGCCGUUUCCAUGCCUACACUGGGAGUGAUGCUGUGGUGGUGAAGCAGGGUCGGCGGACAGAAGCAGCAUCAGCGGCCCCCACCGCCCCACUGAGGGACAAGUAUGACCAACCCGGGAGAAUGGAGUCGCUCCAGAUGUUUCGUUUUACCUUUCAUUGUUUUUUCUUUUAUGAUAUCAUGGGUUUGCCUCUUUUGUUUUUGUUGAAUGUGAGCCCAUUUUCUUUCUUACUUUUUCUUUGCUCUUUUUCAUUUGUGUUGGUUCAUGUCUUCUUUAUUCCUUGUGGUCUGUUUGAGAUUUGGCUGCGUGACUGACGUUCGUAUGAACCAUUGUUGCCAACUUGACUCCAUUUAAAUAUCAUUUUUGCUGUUAUGUAGAUAAAAGAAUACAUACGAUAAUCUGUUUUAAAGGGUCCAUAUUAUGAAAUAAGAAAUCCUUCUGAUCAUAAAUAGAAUAUUGGUUAUUUCUAAUCAUUUCAAUAAUAAAAUUAAUUGUAGUUUUUCCCCUGACCUUCUCGGUUCUCUUCAUUCAUCCCUCUAUUGUCCCUCUUAUCUCUCUU